AUGAUCGCGGUGGCGGAGGCCGGGUUCAGAGCCAUUGCUCCGGAUUACAGAGGGUACGGGCUAUCCGACCCGCCACCCGAACCCGACAAAGCCUCCUUCAAGGACCUCGUGGCGGACCUUCUCUCGCUUCUUGACGCUCUUGCUAUCCAAAAGGCUUUUGUGAUCGGCAAGGAUUUUGGAGCCGUAGUUGCUUACUUAUUUGCACUAUUUCACCCUCACAGAGUGUGUGGAGUUAUUACCAUGGGUGUACCUUACCUGCCUAUCAAUGCUUCCAUUUCCUCUACAGCUGACCAUCUUCCCGAAGGUUUCUAUGUCGCCAGAUGGCAGCAACCUGGACGAGCCGAGGCUGAUUUUGGCCGCUUUGACAACAAAACAGUGGUGCGCAACGUCUACACUCUCUUCUCGCGCAGUGAGAUACCAAUCGCGCGUGAAAACCAAGAGAUAAUGGACCUUGUCGAUUCCUCCACUCCCUUACCACCUUGGUUCUCUGAAGAAGAUCUUGCAAACUAUGGCUCUCUCUACCAAAACUCUGGCUUCCAAACUGCUCUCAAAGUCCCUUACCGGUGUAAGUCUGAAACUUACAACAUCACAAAUGAGAAAGUUGAGGUCCCGGCAUUGUUUAUCAUGGGUGAGAAGGAUUAUGUCAUCAAGAUCCCUGGCAUGGAGGACUAUAUAAGGAGCGAUCGAAUGAAGGCGUUUGUUCCGAAGGUGGAGACGGUGUUUGUGCCGGAAGGGAGUCAUUUUGUGCAGGAGCAGUUCCCUCAGCAAGUGAAUCACCUUAUCCUCAACUUUCUACAAAAAAAUGCUUGA